AAGCAAUCAUUGUCUGAUCAUUCACCACUGGCCUACAUUAAUAUCCUUUGUAUUAUAGGGUUUCUUUGUCAUUCUUAACUUGGAUUUGUACUUUUAAAUUUCUCCAAGGAUGGAAAGUCUUUUAUGCAAUGAAGUGUGGCUAAUGAGUCCAAAUGUUGCCCCUGAUGUACAAGAAAACGAUGGAUGUAAUAAUGCUAAAUGCAAUGUCUCUACUUGUUGCUUUUCCACCAAACAAGAUUGUGAAGAAGCUUUUGCCAUUUUUCUAGACAAAGAGGCAAGUUACAUGCCGGAACCUGGGUACUUGAAGCUUGUCAAGACCAACGAUUUCAUCCAUGAUGCUAGGUUUAAGGCUGUCAAUUGGCUUAUUAAGUCGCAAAGGAGAAUGAAUCUCUCUCUCGGAACUGUUUUUAUUGCUGUCAACUAUCUGGAUCGGUUCAUUUCACUGACUGAUCAAUGCCAAGAAUGGAGACAUUGGUCGUUUGAUCUGCUCUCUAUCGCAUGUCUAUCGGUAGCCUCCAAGUUCAAUGAAACAACCACUCCCCCGUUGCAUGAUUUCCAGGUGGAGGGUCUGGACCAUUCAUUUGCUCCAAGCCUGAUUCAGCGAAUGGAAUUGACAGUCUUGAAGGGGUUAGGGUGGAGGAUGGAUUGUACAACACCAUUUUCUUACAUAGACUUCCUGAUACAAGUUAUUGAUGAUGCCUUAAACAAAACCCUCAUUCAGGAUGUCACUGAACGUGUUACUGAAUUGCUUCUCGCUGCUCUUUUAGAUCCUAAAUUCCUAGAGUUCCAGCCAUGCGUUAUAGCCAUGUCUGCAGUGAGACGUGCAUUUGAAGAUUUGUUUCCAUCAACAGAUAAUGCGUCACUUGUAAAUCUAGAAACUAUCAUCCGUCAAGAUCAAAAGGAUGAUUUGAUCAAAUGCGAAAGAAUUUUAGGGAAACUGUUGGUGCAAGAUCAUGAUAUGUUAUCUUAUGGAAGUUCUUGGCGUGGCCCUUCAAGUCCAGUUACUGUCUUGAAGGCUGAGUGCUUCAAUUUCUAUGAUUGUCCAAUUGAUCUGUCCCUCCUAAGGGGGGUUAGCAUGGAUUUGAGAUCAAGAAGAAAGAGGAAAAGGGAAGAACUAGAAUGUGGGAUGUGAAGUAAAUCAGUACUACUCAUGAAUAAUGUCAUGUUGAUUGUGCUGUUCUUGUAAGGUGGGAAUAAACUAGACUUGUUGCAUAGGCUUAUCCUCUCAAAGGUAGGUCUGGGGUGUAUGUAAAGUCUUCAAAUAUAGAUCAUCAGUGAUCUCGAUCCAUUUGUUGUUAUUUCAUGUGACACUUAAAAUAUUGAUAAUUUCCGGUCUCAUGUAACACGACUUUGUGGAA